AUGCCUUACUUUUCGCCAUUUGAUCUCCCAGAGAGCAUUCUGCUGUUAAUCACGGACAGCCUGGCAGCUCCUGGUGAUUUUGUCCUACACCGAUGCCUUGCGAAUCACCUCAAAGAUAAGAAAACACCUAGGGUGACAAUACUUUCUGUUUCGGAAGGCAUUGCAAAAUGGAAAGCCCUCGCAUCCAAGUCGAACAUCAAUCUGCAACAACAUCUGGAUUCUGGCGCGCUCGAGUUUGUGGACGUUUUGGCUGAUGUACAGCCAAAUGGAUUCCAAAACAACGAAAACAACAGCGAUUUGAAAAUUAUUGUUGAGAGAGUUCGGGGUUUUCUAGAGAGAUCUAGUCGCGAACAGGGCGGGGACACGCAGCCUGCGAUGGUGAUCUUAGAUGAUAUCACAAUGCUUGAAUGGAUUGGGUUCCCUCUGAUAGACGUUGCGCGAUUCGCUCGAGCUCUGAGGGCGGUGUGUUCAAAGGCAAACGCGACUCUUCUUGUCAGACAUCACAUAUUGGCGCCCGAUGAGCCUGAUGAUCUGUUCCGGCGGCUGCUCCAGAUAUGCACAUAUCACCUUGAAGUACGCGCGUUAGCCAGCGGGCGGAGCGGAAACGUUAGUGGGGAGGUUGCGUUGCAUCCAGGGUUUUCAGCUCCACCAAAUACAAUCAAGUUGGUUCCCCGUAGUGCUGCUCUGCAGUAUCGCCUGACGGAUGCAGGCCCGGACUUUUUCGCAAAGGGUACAAGUCAAGUUGUGUUGUAG